AUGGGUAAUUCAAGGGAAAAAUUAACACUGAAUAAGCCAAAUUUUUAUGAAUCAUUAUCAGGAGAUUUUGUUUGGGCUUGUUUGAAAAAAAACGCAUCAUUUUUAGUGAAACAGAGAGUCGGAAAAUCAGUAGUUUUUUCAAAAGAAAGGCUUAAUCCUGCUAAUAGACAUACGUAUUCUUAUUGUGGUCUUUUAAAUGAUAAGGGAUUAGGACUUGAAUCAGGAAAAAACAAUAAGGGAUUAGUUGUGUUAAUGAAGAAUUGUCCUUUAGAGAGUAGAAAUAAGCCCUCUUCUAUGGUUCAAAAAGUAUAUUAUGCACCAAAAUCUUAUUGUUAUACGAUUCAACGUAUUGAACGCUUGAUCACUAAAAAACAGUAUCCUUUAAAACUUAAACGUGCCGCUAUUUCUCGUGCACGUCUACUUUUAUCUUCUCAAACACCUAAAAAACCUUUACCUGAAAGAAAAUCUCGGAAAAAAGUUUAAAAUUUAGAAAACAUUUAAAUAUAUAGAAGAAUCUUCUGUUUUGUUUCAUGUUUUUAUAUUAAUUAUUUUCUUAUAAUUUUAAAUUAGAUUUUUUAUAUUUAACU